AUGGUAGUCCUUAAUGCCUUACUUGCUAUAGAUAGCAAGCAAGCCACAGGGGCUGACCAAUCGGAGCCGGGCCUGCUCAAGUGUGCUACCCCCCUCAUUGCUGGCUCAUUUACCCCCACCAGCACCCCAUUCCCCCAGUUUACCCCCACCAGCACCCCAUUCCCCCAGUUUACCCCCACCAGCACCCCAUUCCCCCAGUUUACAGCCACCAGCACCACACUCCCCCAGUUUACCCCCACCAGCACCCCAUUCCCCCAGUUUACAGCCACCAGCACCCCAUUCCCCCAGUUUACAGCCACCAGCACCCCACUCCCCCAGUUUACCCCCACCAGCACCCCAUUCCCCCAGUUUACCCCCACCAGCACCCCAUUCCCCCAGUUUACCCCCACCAGCACCCCACUCCCCCAGUUUACCCCCACCAGCACCCCAUUCCCCCAGUUUACAGCCACCAGCACCCCACUCCCCCAGUUUACCCCCACCAGCACCCCAUUCCCCCAGGUUACCCCCACCAGCACCCCAUUCCCCCAGUUUACAGCCACCAGCACCCCAUUCCCCCAGUUUACAGCCACCAGCACCCCACUCCCCCAGUUUACAGCCACCAGCACCCCACUCCCCCAGUUUACCCCCACCAGCACCCCAUUCCCCCAGUUUACCCCCACCAGCACCCCAUUCCCCCAGUUUACAGCCACCAGCACCCCACUCCCCCAGUUUACCCCCACCAGCACCCCAUUCCCCCAUUUACCCCCCACCAGCACCCCAUUCCCCCAGUUUACCCCCACCAGCACCCCAUUCCCCCAGUUUACAGCCACCAGCACCACACUCCCCCAGUUUACCCCCACCAGCACCCCACUCCCCCAGUUUACCCCAACCUUCAUCCCAAUCCCCCAGUUUACCCUCACCAGAACCCCAUUCCGCCAGUUUACCCCCACCAGAACCCCAAUCCCCCAGUUUACCCCUACCAGCACCCCACUCCACCAGUUUACCCUACCAGCACCCCACUCCCCCAGUUUACCCUCACCAGAACCCAAAUCCCCCAGUUUACCCCUACCAGCACCCCACUCCACCAGUUUACCCUACCAGCACCCCACUCCCCCAGUUUACCCUCACCAGAACCCCAUUCCCCCAGUUUACCCCCACCAGAACCCCAAUCCCCCAGUUUACCCCUACCAGCACCCCACUCCCCCAGUUUACCCCCACCAGAACCCCACUCCCCCAGUUUACCCCCACCAGCACCUCACUCCCCCAGUUUACCCCCACCAGAACCCCAUUCCCCCAGUUUACAGCCACCAGCACCCCCCCCCCCCCAAGUUUACCCCCACCAGAACCCCAAUCCCCCAGUUUACCCCUAUCAGCACCCCACUCCACCAGUUUACCCCCACCAACACCCCACUCCCCCAGUUUACCCCCACCAGAACCUCUCUCCCCCUGUUUACCCCCACCAGCACCCCAAUUCCCCAGUUUACCCCACCAGAACCCCAAUCCCCAGUUUACCCCCACCAGCACCCCACUCCCCCUGUUUACCCCCACCAGAACCCCACUCCCCCAGUUUACCCCCACCAGCACCCCACUCCCCCAGUUUACCCCCACCAGCACCCCAAUCCCCCAGUUUACCCCCACCAGCACCCCACUCCCCCAGUUUACCCCCACCAGAACCCCACUCCCCCAGUUUACCCCCACCAGCACCCCACUCCCCCAGUUUACCCCCACCAGCACCCCAAUCCCCCAGUUUACCCCCACCAGCACCCCACUCCCCCAGUUUACCCCCACCAGCACCCCAUUCCCCCAGUUUACCCCCACCAGAACCACACUCCCCCAGUCCUGGUGACAGUGAUAAGCUAG